AUGACUACUCUCAUCCAGUGGUCCUGGGUUGCUCUCGUUGGGCUUGUACUCUGGGUGUUGUUGCGGUGGAGUCUUGUUCCUGGCUCGCGAAGCAAAUACUUGCCGCCUGGUCAGACUUCGCGCCAAUAACUAGAAAUACGAAUCUGUAGUGCUGAUUUUAGAACACAGGUCCGACUACAUAUCCACUCCUUGGCAACAUCACAUCCAUUCCAAGAACAGGUAUUCAUUUGCAGUACGUCUGGACAUAUCCUUAUCUGGCAGAAAAUAGACAGCUGACCGACUCUACAAGAUUUACGAGAUGGGCCAAGCAAUAUGGUCCAGUAUUCUCGUUGAAGAUUGGUCACGGCACCAUGGUCGUCUUGACUUCGGCUUCCCACGCCACAGAACUCCUUGACAAGCGUUCCGGCAAGUACAGCAAUCGACCAUCUUCGCACAUCAUUGGAGAGCUUGUAUACGGAAACGAUCAUCCCAUGUUCAUGAACCCUGAUGAUCGUUGGAGAUUACGCCGCAAGCUUUAUGCAGAAAUCCUACAAGAGACGAAAUGUGCCCAGGAACACACCCGCCUCAUCGAUGCCGAGACAACUCAACUUUUGCGGGAUCUUUGUGUCGAGCCAGACAGCUUCAUGGCUCACCCUGGUCGCCUCAGUAACAGCCUGACAAUGAGCCUAGGUACGGUCUGCAUCUUGAAUUUGUUGAAUUAAUGUUAUUGACCAUAGUCUCAACAGUCUACGGUGUGCGAACGCCUUCAUACGACUCCGACCAUUAUGUUAAACUCCAAGAGAUUAUGACGAAGCUCAGCGCACUUGGCGAAAUCGGUGCAACGCCACCAGUGGACCUUCUCGGGUUUCUCAAAUGGAUUCCAGAGCGGUUCUGGGGCAACUGGAGAACCAAAGCUGAGCAACUGCGCAAGAAAGUCCAUGGCCUUCACACCCCUCUAGUGGAUCGUGUGAUCGAGAGACGAGAGACGAUGGGAGAACGAAACAGUUUCCUAGACAGCAUCUUGGACAAGCAAGAAAAGCUUCAACUCUCGCGGAAUGAAAUUGACAUCAUGUGCGCCAAUCUGCUCGAGGGCGGCACGGACACUAUGGCCACUACCAUAUUGACUUUGUUCCAAGCCAUGGCCAUUCAUCCGGAAUGGCAAAUAGAGGCACAGAAGCAGAUCGAAAGUGUCGUGGAUGAAUUUACGAUGCCUUCUUUCGAACACUUUGAUCGACUCCCACUCGUUACUUCGAUCGUGAAGGAGCUCCUUCGAUGGCGUCCUCCUGCGCCCGGCGCUUUCCCCCAUGCUCUAGCCAAAGGUUAGUAGUGUCGAUUAGCCCUUAUCAGGUCUUGCAAUGCUGACCAGAUGACAGCCGACGAGGUCGAUCAUAUGGAACUCCCCAAGGACUCCACUGUCAUCUUCAACAUCUGGGGCAUUCAUCACGACCCUGAACGCUACCUUUCCGCAGAAAAAUUUGAUCCGGCACGAUUUGUCAACCAUACUCAAAUGUCAUCAGCUUAUACCAAUUCCGGGCACGACAAGCGUGAUCAUUUCGCGUACGGUGCUGGGCGACGUAUCUGCCCCGGCAUCCACCUCGCGGAGCGUGCUCUCUUUCUGGCCUCCGCAAGAGUGCUAUGGGCAUUCACAAUCAAGCACAAGACGAACUCGACUGGCCGGGCUGUUCCAAUCAGUGUCGACCCAGAGACAGCGUAUCGUGACGGCUUCUUGAACCAAUGUCGCCCCUUCAUGGUGGAUCUGGUACCGCGGUCUCAGCAGCGUCUCGAAACUAUCAUGGCGUCGUUCGCGAGAGCUGAAGUGGAUGUUCUGAACUCCUACGACUGA